GACACCUGAUGAAUGAAGGUAAAGAUGUGAUGAAAAGUUGACAACAUUGCACUUGCCAGUCGCCAUCAUGCCAAAUGCAAAUGGUACACAAUGCCAGGAAGCAGCGACGCUGAACAUCCACUUUUAGGGAUGAGACUCUGAAAGGGACAAGCGGUAGAAAAUGGAUUGAUGGAUGGAUACUCUGCCACCCCUGGAGGAACCAUGCGAUAUGACAGUGCUGGGUCAAAGGCCUGGCCGGGCCAGACGGGCAGACACCGGCAAGGAAAAAGGUCCUCGCUCGCAACAAGCAGACCAGUGUCUGGAGCAGGGGAGGCUGGGCCGCAGGUGGCGAGGAGGGACGUCGGUCCUCGUCGCAUGCCAGCACCGACUUUUCCUUCACACGACUCGGCAUCCCGGCAACGGUUCUGUGAAUGACCAGCCGGACCCGGAGGAGAAACUACGUAUGGACGAAUGUGCGGAUUGUUUGUCUCCUGGCUGCACCUCGGCCGCCUCCCUGUCGGCUCAUGCGUUGGCAGCAUGACUCGGAGAAGGACGUGAGGGAACCUGCACGGGGGCUGACGGUGUUAUUUCGGGUGACCCUGGAGGAGAAACUGGAAACGAAGUCGCAAGGAAAUGGGCCCCCGAAUCGACUGUUGAUGGCAGCCAAAAGGAAAUACAUGGACACGGAAUUGCCCCCUCAGGAAUCCGAAGACCUCUUCCAGGACUUAAGCCAACUCCAGGAAACGUGGCUCACAGAAGCUCAGGUUCCUGACAGUGACGAGCAGUUUGUUCCGGAUUUCCACUCGGAGAACUCGGUGGCCUUCCACAGCCCCCCCGUCACCAUCAAGAAGGAGCCGCAGAGCCCGGGCUCGGACCCCAGCCAGUCAUGUAGUCACAAGCAGACCUUCAGCUUCCCUAGUGGGGAGCAGUGCCUUUACGCCAGUGCCUAUGAGCAAAAGAGGGCAGCAGGGGGCGCCAAGGGUUGCCAGAUGUCGCCCAUGCAGCAGCAGCAUUAUUCCCCCAAAGGAGUGGGCGGCGGCUACAUGACCUCCGCCUCCCAGCCGCUGCCUAGCAACACGUACCCCCUCAAUGCCAGAUAUCAGGGCCCCUCAGGAGACCCCAUGUGCCCUCAGUUCCCCGGCUUCCAGCGAAUGUCCUCCGCACCGGCGGGCCACGGCGGAGGCGGUGGAGGGGGCGGGGCCUACCAGCGGCAGCACUCGGAGCCGUGCGUGGCGUACGCGCAGCAGACGUUCAAGCGGGAGUACGUGGACCCGUCGUACGAGCGGGCGGCUCACCUGGCAACCCAGGCGGGACAACAUGGCCGCUGUCACACGCACAGGUUCCCCCCCGCCCACAUGAUGGUGAAGCAGGAGCCCACAGACUACACCUACGACACAGAUGUUUCCGGAUGUUCUUCCAUGUAUCAGCACAGCGAGGCCUACCCUGCCCCUCAGCAAGGCAGUGAAGGUUACCUGUUUGAAAACGACUCCCGUGUGGUUCCAGACAAGGUGGAAGGCGAGGUGAAGCAGGAAGGCGGGGGCGUGUUCGGCGGGGGCGCACCUUAUCAGCGGCGAGGCUCGCUGCAGCUGUGGCAGUUCCUGGUGGCGCUGCUGGACGACCCCGCCAACGCACAUUUCAUCGCCUGGACGGGCCGAGGCAUGGAGUUCAAACUCAUCGAGCCCGAAGAGGUUGCUCGCCUGUGGGGGAUGCAGAAGAAUCGUCCGGCCAUGAACUACGACAAGCUGAGUCGCUCGCUGCGCUAUUACUACGAGAAAGGAAUCAUGCAGAAGGUGGCGGGCGAGCGCUACGUCUACAAGUUUGUGUGCGAGCCCGAGGCCCUCAUCUCGCUGGCGUUCCCCGACAAUCAGCGGCCAGGCUUGAAGGCGGAGUUUGAGCGCUACGUCAACGAGGAGGACACGGUGCCGCUGUCACACCUGGACGAGGGCACACCCUACAACCCCGCUGACGGCGCGGGAGCCCAGACCUACUCUAAAGGCUACAUGUACUAAAGCCACGCCCCCUCGCUCUACCAAACAUCUUCAUACCCACAAUGCACCUCUUGCACACGCCCUGCUCCACUUGUAUAUACAAAUGAUCUCAUUAAGAAACUUCUGUCACAUCAACAUGACAUGAUUGCUUAGUAGUAAUAAUAAAUACUCUGAAUAAUUAUACCCAACAACAUGUCCUCAU